CAUCUUCCUGAUCGUGCCACCGCGACUCCCGCCGGAGGGAGGUAGGUACCACUUUAAGGACAGGGCGUAUCCACUUCUGAAGAAUUAGGAAAUGCGAUGAUGUUUGUAAGGAGAAGUCCCUCCUUUGCUUUAGUUUGACACUUUGACCGUCUCCGGUAAGACACGCCAUCCCCCGGAACCAACUACGGUCCUGUCCGUCAAUGGCUAAUUCAACAACCGUCGCUCGUGGGCCAACAGCAAAAGGCAGCAACCACCCAGACUACACCGCGUUCGUCCUGCUCCCCGUUUUCUUCCUGCUGGGCCUGCUCGGCGUGGUCAUCUGCCACGUGUUGAAGAGGAAGGGAUACCGCUGCACCACUGAGGCCCACGAUGGGGAGGAGGACUGUGUGGAGGAGGAAGAGAAAGACCUGGAGCUGGGAGGAGACCUUAACAACACUUACAGUGACAACGACGACACGGUGGGACAGAUCGUUCACUACAUCAUGAAGAAUGAAGCAAACUCCGACGCCCUGAAAGCCAUGAUUCAUGAAAACAGCAUCGACUCCACUGAUGGUCCUCCAUUAACCCCGACCUCUCCCGACACCCCGUCCCCUCCGAUGACUCCCAUAUCCCCGGGCGCGCCCCCAGGAGCCGCCAAGCACACCUGCAGCCACCUGCACACCAUCGGCGGGCUGGGCGGUCACAAGAACAUCUGCACGCGCUGCAGCCAGAAGAAAUGGCCGCUGAUGAGGAGGCCGUCGGCACGCAAGACGGAGCAGCGCCGCAGCCAGCUUGGAGAGGUCACGGUGCUGGCUGUAGGCAGGUUCAGGGUGACAAAGACUGAAAAACCAACAAGGGAGAGGCGCACUCUGCUAAUAUCAGACUCCAACGGCAGUGUUCCUACGUCUCCUGUGGAGGCGGAGCCAAAGAGCCGGACCACGUCAGAGUCCCAGCAGCAGGAGCAGACGGAAGACGCAGACAAAGAGAAACGGUAGAAAUAAAGGCAUUCCUAACAGAGGAGAAAAGAAAACAACAUCUGGACACUAAUUAAAACCCACACAUUCAAACAUCAGCACAAGAGGAGAAAAAGCGACGUCCCUCUGUGGUCCAGCUCCACGUGAGUCCAAAGUGCUGCAGCUGUUGAUGAGGGUGACGGUGGCGACGGUGACAUUCAGAGUCACACAGGCCAGUUAUUUACGACCAGAAGGAGGAAUCGUCUCCAUUUCCUCCUGUAUUACAUAUUUCGAUGUGCCUUGCUCAAAGGGUGGUAAAGCAGGGCGACUGAUGCUGCUGAACAAUGAUGUGUGUACAUAUGACUCUGUUUGUGGAGGCUGUGCACGUCAUUACAGUUUAUUGAUUAACCAACACCAAAGAAGCCAGUUUAACCAGUAUGAGAUUUAAUAUUAGGGUUUGUCAUUCCCAAACCAGGAAGAAGGAACAACCUGAUUACAGAACCAGGAAGUAGACCGGAGUGUCAAACACAUGUGACAAGCACUGUCUCCUGUAGUGAUGUGAACAUGAUGUCAUAGCGGCACACGUUUUCAGGUCAAUGUGUCUUCAAGUCUUACCUCUUGUGAAGAAAGUGAAGCAUUCUGGGAGAAGAAAAAAAAAAAGCAUAUAAUUCAGACCAUAGACUGUAUAUAACAUGAAUUAUUAUUUACAGUCUAUGAUUCAGACCUAUGCUGCUCACCACUUUUUUCUCUUAAAGUGACAGUGUUAUUUUGUCUAUCCCAUCCCCCGCCACAUGUUCCUUUUUUAAAUUUGUCCCCGUGUCAUAGAGGCAUGACAGAAUCUGCUAACACACAUGUAUUGUAUUUUCUGUUUUCGUAAACAAAAUAUUUAAAUUUGUCAGUGUAUACAUUUUCCUCCUUAAACACCAAGCAGUCAUGUGGAGUCUUAAAUGAGCUAUUCUACUUUCUUCUCCAUCAACCUGAAGACAUACUGUACAUUUAAAAUGGAAUGAAAUAAUUGAAAUUAGAGCCUGACACAUUAAUCAGCCUGCCGAUAAUAUCGGCCAAUAUUAGCAUAUCCAGUGACUAUUGGAAUCGGCUAAUAUUAUUGCAGAUAUGCGCAAAUAGUAGAUUUAUUUACCAGUGAAAUAGCAUUUCAUUUGAGCAUCAUUGUAUUACAGUAGCAGUUCUCUUUCUGGCUGUCACCAGCAGAGGGCGCUAUAUGAAUUAUAAGAAGCAUUAUCUCCCUCCAGUGUCAAGCAUUGAUGCACGUAAAUGCACAGUUACUUUCGAGUUACUCAACUAUCUUGUCUUUGUUAUAUAUCUAUUCCACAAGUGUUUGAUAACUGCAUUUGAGGGAUCAACACAAUACAUGUGUAUAUCUAUCUCUACAGAUCAAAUAUAGAUCUAAGACAGAUAUCGGCCGAUAUAUAUGAUUUUUUUUUCUCCCCAUUAUCGCCAUCUGCACAAAAAAACUAAUUGAAAUUGUUAAAAGUUUACAUUUAGAAGUUUGAAAUAUAAUUGCUUGUGUGGCAUUGAGACUCAUUAAGGAAACAAUGCUUCAGUGCAUUGUGGGAAAUGUAGGACUUGUUGUUUAGGAGCUGAAAAUGAAAAAUCAGUCAGUUUAAGCUUUUAAAUAAAAUAUCUCACGAGUCUGAAUAGGCCUAGACAUAUUCAUCAAAUAAUGUAUUUUCCCCAGAUGUUUGGGUUCAAGCGUGAUCAUUUUUAGACUUGUUUUUGUUGUUGUCAUUUCAUUUUGCCUCGUUUUUAUAAAGACACUGUUUUGAAAGUAAAAACAUGGGAUGGUUUGUAGUUUUACUGUGUAAUGAAAGCAAAUAAAGAUGACUUAUACAUAUCAAACCAUAAA